AUGGAUGUUGCUAUCCAGCACCCCUGGUUCAGACGCGCCCUGGGCUCCGUCUACCCCGCCAGACUCUUUGACCAGUUUUUCGGGGAGGGCAUGUUCGACUACGACUUCUUUCCUUACACCUCAUCCACCAUCAGCCCUUAUUACAGACAGACCCUGUUCCGCAGCUUUUUGGAUUCCUUCAAUUCUGGCGUUUCUGAGGUAAAAAAGACCAAAAUUAAGAUUCAAAAAUGUUGGAUAAAUGCACAGGCUGUUAAAGGCAGAGGUGGAGAAAGAUAAGGGAUGUUUUCAUCCAUGUUUGCAUCACUUAAGUUCAUCAAAACAUCUCGUAAAAUCUCACCAAAGUAGUAGAAAGUGUGUACUUCCUAAAGUGCUGAAUUUGAAUCAAUUAACCAGUUAGUUCUUACUUUUAACAUACAAUUUCAACAUUGACAUCCACAGUGAUCUGUCCUGACCACUGUUAAUCUUGUCUGAUUCAUCUCCAGAAACACUCUUGAAUUUCAUUUUUUACUCACUUCUACUCUUCUCACGUCAGGAACAGACUUUCACUUGAUGAUGUUUUGAUGCUAUAGACCUCGUCAAUGUUUGUGCUCCUUCCCAGGUGAGGUCUGACAGGGAAAAGUUUACAGUCUACCUGGACGUCAAGCACUUCUCUCCUGACGAGCUCUGUGUGAAAGUCACCGACGACUACGUGGAGAUCCAGGGCAAGCACGGCGAGCGACAGGUAAGGGCUCCUCCGCUCUUUCAUCACCUCUGAGAUGGUUAGCGAGGGUACGGUCAUCGUAUGCGUACAACUUGAGAGAAAAGUUUGAGUUUUAAAUGGAAACUUUAAAAGGAGAGACAGAACAGAGUUUUUAAAAUGUGAUUAAAUAAUUGUAGUGUUUGGUAGAGGUUGAACCAGAAAGACUUUCAGUUUAUGUUGGAUUUUGGCCGUCCCUGCAAGCAAACAAGGACAUCUUUUCAAUUUGUUGAUCUAAAACAUACAAAUCUCAUACCAAUUUUUUUUUCCUGUUAUCUUUCACCAAUCUUUGCCGUGAAAAAAAAAAUAAAAUAAAAUAAAAUAAAUAAAUAAAUAAGGGUGACUGUCUUCCACCUAGCCAGGCAUCAAAAUAAUAAGACUUCAAUGAACCAUCUUGGUGACAUUCAUCUUAUGUCCUUCUGUAGGUCACUCAAAGCAUCAAUGUUGUUUUCGUUUAGUUCCACAACCAGAUAGAAAUUCUUCACAGAUGCUUUAAAGACGCUGAGAGGGCUAUAUGAUUGUAUUUCCACCGAGCUGUCACAAAAUCACACUUUCAUGUCAUGAAAAAAAUAGCCAAAAAAAAAAAACAAAAAAAAAACUGUGAUGACAAUUGCAUCUGGUAUUUAUUGGAAAACUAAAAAAAUAAAUAAAUAACCUUCAAUUGAAUUAAAUUACAUGUAAUCACCCAUUUCUAAAUAUGUUCAAAGUUGUGUUUUUUCCCAGACAAAAAAACUCCAAACCGAUAAAAACUCACUGUCUUCUUUUGCAUCAAUUUCUGCGUCACACACUGAUUGCAUUUUUUUUUUUUAUCAAACCAAGAAAAAAAAAAACCCCAAAAAAACUCAUACCAGUGAGGAAACUUUUUUAGGAGUGGAUGCAGUACUUCCCUUCAAACUGUCUAUCUCUGAUAUGAUUUGUGCUGCAGAGGGAGCUACAAACCAGAGUAAAGGCUCACCCAGUUUUCUCUUUGCAUUGCUUUGUUUUGACAUUUUAAGUUUACUUUAUAAAUAGUACUGUAAAAAGUAGUGUUUUUAUUUUCAAAAGACAGCUAUGGUUGAUGAAAACAGUUGAUAAUAACAAUGAUAACUUUAUUUUUACAGCACUUUUUGAAAACAGAAGUUUACAAAGCGCUUUGACAAACAGUUGCAAAGCACAGAACAUCAGCACAUGAAAAUAAAAACAAAAACAAAAGCUCAGUUUAAAAGUUAAGAGUCUGGUUAGAAAGUAUAAGUUUUAAAGUGGAGAGCAGAAUUAAAUGCAUGAGUUUUAUGCAUCAGAAUUAAGGAAAAGUUUAUACACGUCCACAUAGGUUUGUGUUUCUCUUUCAAAACAUUUACUAUGACAUCUUUACCCGAGUCUGACCUCGCUCUGCUUUUCUCCAGGACGACCACGGUUACAUCUCUCGUGAAUUCCACCGCCGCUAUCGCCUCCCCUCCAGCGUCGACCAAUCAGCCAUCACCUGCACCCUCUCAGCUGAUGGUCUGCUCACUCUGUGGGGGCCAAAGGUCAGCGGGGGGAAUGAAUCCGGCCGCAGCGAGCGAAACAUCCCCGUCACCCGCGACGACAAGCCCAACGCCGCUGUCUCCUCCUAG